AUGUCAGAAUCCCUUGCUGAACCAUUUCUCCGAGGUGAGACUGGAAAAAAUGCCAGAGGUAUCCUUCGUCUGGUCAUUUUAUGCCUCGUCGCCGCCGCAGCUAUAUCUAGUCGGCUCUUUUCAGUAAUUCGAUUCGAGAGUAUCAUACACGAGUUCGAUCCUUGGUUUAACUUUAGAGCAACAAAAUACUUAGUUCAAAAUGGCUUUUAUAAUUUUUGGGAUUGGUUUGAUGACCGAACCUGGCAUCCCUUGGGGCGUGUAACUGGAGGGACUCUAUACCCAGGACUCAUGGUGACAAGUGGUGCCAUUUACCACGCUCUUCGAGCCCUAACGAUACCCGUCGAUAUUCGAAAUAUUUGUGUACUAUUAGCACCAGCAUUUUCAGGAUUGACUGCAUACGCAAUAUACCUUUUCACCAAUGAGGUUUCGACAUCUCCAUCCGCUGGGCUUCUCGCUGCUAUAUUCAUGGGUGUAGCUCCUGGAUAUAUUUCCAGAUCAGUUGCGGGCAGCUAUGAUAACGAGGCUAUUGCGAUCUUCCUACUUGUAUUUACAUUUUACCUAUGGAUCAAGGCCCUAAAGUUGGGUUCAGCCUUUUGGGGUGCUCUCUGUGCUCUCUCUUAUGGGUACAUGGUCUCGGCCUGGGGUGGUUAUCUAUUUAUUACAAACUUGAUACCACUCCAUGUAUUCGUCCUGCUAUGUAUGGGACGGUUUAGUCCUCGUCUCUAUGUCAGCUAUUGCACUUGGUAUGCUUUAGGGACUUUAGCAAGCAUGCAGAUUCCGUUCGUGGGGUUUCUUCCUAUUCGAAGUAGCGAGCACAUGUCGGCACUUGGGAUGUUUGGACUUAUUCAGCUAGUCGGCUUCGUCGAACUGGUUCGUGCUUACGUGCCAAGUAAACAAUUCGCAAUUCUACUUCGAGGAUUUGUACUCACAAUAUUUACCCUCGCACUUGGUGUCUUGGCUCUCUUGACCUUUACUGGUGUCAUUGCACCGUGGACAGGCCGCUUUUAUUCUUUGUGGGAUACCGGAUACGCAAAAAUUCACAUCCCGAUUAUAGCAUCCGUUUCAGAGCAUCAACCAACAGCCUGGCCCUCAUUUUUCUUCGAUCUUAGCUUUUUGAUCUGGCUCUUCCCGGCAGGUGUAUACCUCUGCUUCCAAAAACUUGGCGAUGAGCAUGUUUUUCUUGUCGUUUAUUCCAUACUCGCUAGCUACUUUGCCGGUGUUAUGGUUCGUCUUAUGCUAACACUAACGCCUGUUGUUUGUGUCACCGCUGCUUUAGUUCUAUCCAAAAUUCUCGAUAUAUACUUAACAAUCUAUUCACCUCCAGAACCUCUUGAUCAGACUGUUCCUACUAAAGUGAAAGAAGGCACAAGUAUCACUACAGAACCUAAUAGCCCAGGGAGCUUUCGACCUUCACGCUUGCCAUUUAUUGGAAUAUAUACUUCCUUCUCAAAGUCCUUAACCGUCAGCUUUAUCACCGCGUACUUGUUACUCUUUAUACUUCAUUGUACCUGGGUUACUUCAAAUGCUUACUCUUCACCAUCGGUAGUCCUCGCUAGUAGGAUGCCAGAUGGAAGCCAACACAUAAUCGACGAUUAUAGAGAAGCGUAUCAAUGGCUCCGUCAAAAUACACCCACCAAUUCCAAGAUAAUGUCAUGGUGGGACUACGGCUAUCAGAUUGGGGGAAUGGCUGAUCGACCAACUCUAGUCGACAACAACACAUGGAACAACACUCAUAUUGCUACCGUUGGAAAGGCCAUGAGCUCAAGUGAAGAGGUGAGCUAUCCAAUUAUGCGACAGCAUGAAGUAGACUAUGUACUUGUUGUUUUCGGUGGACUACUAGGAUAUUCCGGAGACGAUAUCAAUAAGUUCUUGUGGAUGGUACGAAUUGCCGAGGGUAUUUGGCCCGACGAGGUAAAGGAGCGCAAUUUUUUUACCGCAAGGGGAGAAUAUAGAGUGGACGAAGGUGCAACCCAAACCAUGAAAGAUAGCCUGAUGUACAAGAUGUCUUAUUAUAACUAUCAUGCCAUCUUUCCCGCCGGCCAAACGCAAGAUCGCGUGCGUGGAGUAAAGAUGCCCGAUGUGGGCCCCACUCUCCACAGUCUAGAUGAAGCUUUUACUAGUGAGAAUUGGAUUAUUCGAAUUUAUAAAGUUAAGGCCCUAGAUAAUCUAGGAAGAGACCAUGCAUCUGUUGCUCAGUUCGAAAAAGGCGUCAAAAAGAGAAGUGUUAAAAAGAGACAUCAAACUAUUUUACGAUCUGAAUGA